AUGGCUCUUCUCAAGCAGGCCGUCCGCUCCGUCUCCCAGGUGUCUGCCCUCCGUGCGGUGGCUCCAGGUGCAGCGGCGCUCACACGUGCCAUCGCCCCGGCGGCCGAGGUGUCCCAGUCCCGAGUGGCAGCUCCAUUGGCCCUCGGACUAGGUGAGCCGCUGGCGAAGCGCCAUGCCGGAGUGUCUGUCCUGGGCUGCGCCAUUGCUAUGGUGGCAGUCGGCGGCUGUGCACAGGGUAUCGGCCAGCUCUUCGCCGCUCUGGUUGUUGGAAUGGCACGCAAUCCUUCGAUGAAGGAGGAUUUGUUCACCUACACCCUAAUUGGGAUGGGAUUCCUGGAGUUCUUGGCGAUUGUGGUGAUCCUCAUCGCGGGCCUGCUCUUGUACUCGGAGCUUCUCGGACCAAGCUGUGAAGUGCUGUUAUUUCUGGCCCGUCGGCUCUUGGCACUUGGCACCCGCAGUUGUUCCCAGCUCAAUUCUGCAGGAACAAUGGCUCUUCUUAAGCAGGCCGUCCGCUCCGUCUCUCAGGUGUCCGCCCUCCGCGCGGUGGCUCCAGGAGCAUCGGUGCUGACACGCGCCAUUGCCCCGGCGGCAGAGGUGUCCCAGUCCCGUGUGGCAGCUCCGUUGGCCCUCGGCCUAGGUGAGCCAAUGGCCAAGCGCCAUGCCGGAGUGUCUGUCCUGGGCUGCGCCAUUGCCAUGGUGGCAGUUGGCGGUUGCGCACAGGGUAUCGGCCAGCUCUUCGCCGCACUGGUUGUCGGAAUGGCACGCAACCCUUCGAUGAAGGAGGAUCUGUUCACCUACACCCUGAUUGGCAUGGGUUUCCUGGAGUUCUUGGCGAUUGUGGUGAUCCUCAUUGCGGGCCUGCUCUUGUACUCGGAGCUCCUCGGCUGGCUCUUGUUGAUACUAGUUGUACUCCUGGUGACCCCUGCAGUCAAGAGCCUUCUUGGCUUCCACUGGGACUCGAAGUUACUCUUCCUGAAACUGCACCCGUGUCUGGCGAGCCCUAGUCAUUUGAUGUCAAAGAUGUCUGUUCAAGUGUCCUAA